AUGUCUAUUGGGAUGAGGUGGAGCAUGAUCAAAGAUGAGAAUGGAAAAGAUGGCUUCCGUCGACUGACUCAUUAUCACAACUUGCCUGAUACCUGGAUUCCGGAAGAGAUGUUACACAUGUACCUCCAGUUUUUGAAGCAGAUGAGGAUAAGGUGGGAGAUGGUAUGCGAGAAUGGCGAAUUGCGCUUGCAACACUGUAUUCUGCGUUCUAAGCGAAAGGAGAUUCUCAAUGCAAAGGGCGAAGACCUAGAGCUCACAGACCAACUUCUAGAAGACGCACAACAAUGGACAGAACUUCGCAGGUUGUUAGCAGAUCAUGUCAAAGAGGCAACUCAGUUUGUUUUCGACUACAACCGGCUUUAUCGAGAAGACGAUGCUUAUGGAGACUGCCAACUGUUCUUGCACGGAUUCCAGGCUGAUAUAGAGCAAAGUCUGAACUCGCUCGAUACCACAUCACAAAACCUUAUUAACAUAGAAUUCAAUCUCGUGACGAUCCGAGAAGCUCGCAAGUCAGUCACCAUGUCAGCUAGCCUAAAGCGCCUCAGUUGGAUCACAUUCGUGUUUCUCCCAGCAACAUUCUCCGCCGUAUGUGCACCCUGA